CACGGCGAUUGGCUACGGGCAGGCGGCGACCCCGGAUGUGAAUGACCUCAGCGCGGAGACGGCGGCGGCGACGAACGAAGAGAGACGAGGAUGCUGAUUAAAGUGAAGACGCUGACCGGGAAGGAGAUUGAAAUCGACAUUGAACCCACUGACAAGGUGGAGAGGAUUAAAGAGCGCGUGGAGGAGAAGGAGGGGAUUCCCCCGCAACAACAGCGCCUCAUCUACAGUGGAAAACAGAUGAAUGAUGAAAAAACAGCAGCGGACUACAAGAUACAAGGAGGGUCUGUGCUCCACCUGGUCCUGGCCUUGAGAGGAGGAACUCGAUGACGGCAGGGCAAGGGGGUGGUUGGGUUAAGCUGUCCCCCCCCCACAUUGAUUUGUGGUCCCACACCAUGUGCCUCCCUCUGCAGACCCCCACCACUCCACACACACACACACACACACACACUUCACUUGUUUGACGGCACUCGCCAGAACAGUUUGCAUCUGGUUUUGUGGGAUUCUCUUUUGAUGUCGAGGUGCAUCAGCUUCUAAUUUCUGGGGUUACGUUGUCUCGGUCCACUGUACACCCCCCUCCCCGACCCCAGCACUGGGAGGGGACAUGGACGCCGGAGCAUCGGGGCACCGGAGCGGGCAGGCGGGUGGGAGCUGGGGGACAGUGUUGGCACUGUGAAGGGAGAGAAACGAUCCAUUAAACCGAACUGUGUUUUGCUUCCCUGAGCCCUGCGUCUCCAUG